UAAAAUCGUCUGUAACACAGCCCAUAGAAUUUGCUCCUAUUUAGACGAAUUCCAAACCUCCUAAUGUUAUUGGGCUCUACAAUUUGCUCUUAUUCAGACGAAUUGCAAAGCUCCUAAUGUUAUUGGGCUCAUUCAUUCAGUUGAAAUAUGAGCUCAGUUUUCCGUUCCUUGUUGGUGGCAGAAACUCAUGCUAGAAUUCUGUUUACAGACGUAAGGCACCAUUCCCCUGCUCCAGCGUAUGGACAGGAGUCUCAUGCUGGAUGGCGCUCUGCCGCCAUGUAUUUAUUCGUUGGAGUGGCGGCUAUGUUGGCCCUCAUUGGCUUUGCUUCGCUCGUUCUAGUCUGUACUUGGUGUAAGCUUGCCACUGGGAGUCUGGGCCAAAAUGCCCGAGUUCCUGACCCGGAAUCCAUGCAUUCUGGCCCUUUAAAGCCCCAGAUGACUUGCUCCCAAGAUGAUAAGCAGGAAGACAAAGUUCUUGUGAUUAUGCCUGGUCAGCAUGAACCCACUUUUCUGGCCACACAGCUGUCUUCUUCUGCAACUCAGGAUACCACAGAAAAGGGGGAUUUGUAAUGGUACCCAGGAGCUUGUAGGACUGCUGCUUCUUCUUUUUUCUUUGUAAUUGCUGCAAAAUUCAAGAUCAAUUUUGUAUAGAAAUGACGUUGUGAGAGAAAUAGAAACUGUGGGUUGUUUCUGCA